AUCUGAACCCGAAAAACCUCUCUGAGUAAUAACGAAGCCACAACAAUGUCACGAAACUCAAUAAGAUUCAUCAAACUAAUUCGCUCAUUCUCCACCGAAGCAAUCAAAAUCUCCAAGCCAGAACGAAUCGCAGAAGAGCUUCUCAACCUCAACAGAUUCGAACGCCACGAUUUCACCAUCCUAUGGAGACUCAAAAUGGGCCUAGACCGUUACGGUGCACCGGUUGCCGGACCUGGUCCAUUAGGUCCGACCUCAUCCGAUCCUACUUCCGCAGACGCAACCGCCGCUGCGGCCGAGAAAACUGCUUUUGAUAUUAAGCUUGAGAAAUACGAUGCUGGUGCUAAGAUCAAGAUAAUUAAAGAGGUUAGGUCUUUUACUGAUUUAGGGUUGAAGGAAGCUAAGGAAUUGGUUGAGAAAUUUCCUUGUGUUUUGAAGAAAGGGAUUACUAAGGAUGAAGCUGGUCCUAUUAUUGAAAAGCUUAAGGAAUUGGGUGCUACUGUUGUUCUUGAGUGAUUUUGUUUAUUUGAAUUUGAAUUGGUAGAAUUAGUUGUUAAUUGGGAUUGUUGUUUUAUGAGAAAAUGGGAAAUUUUUAUUUUAUGGAAUUGUGUCUGCUAGGUGUUUGAUGAAAUGUGCAAUAGUUGUUGCAGUUUUUAUUAUUUAGAUAUUGAUGAUUUUGAGAAUAGAAACUAAUAUGUAGGAAUGUUGAUGUUAAUAAAUGAUAUGAUGUGUAUCAGUCUCUGCAUUUUGUGAAGUGUCGUCAAUGGAAAGUUUACAGAUUUUAGUUAUUCA